AUGACCGCCAACGACUAUUAUAACUCGCAGCCAAACUAUUAUGCUCAAGCAUCACAUCCUAAUCAUGUACCUUCUCACAAUACUUACGCCGCGUAUGAACCGUCAUCAUCUUCCGCACAACACACGCCCUACAGCCAGUCAACAAUGAACCAUACCUUCGGCAGCGACGAACCUCUCGAUCCUCGCUACCAUGGCUCCUCUAAACCUGUGCCACCAGCCAGGGACACCCACCCACAGUCUAUCCCCUUGCAACCAUCCAAACUGAAUACGAAGACUUCAGACCUUCGUCAUCAGAACACCCAGUAUCCUCCGUCUCCUGAAUCACGUGUCGAAGCACAGCUACUGCCGGAACGCCGCAGAAGGAAGAAAAAGGAGGGCUGGUUCAGAGGCAAGAUACCAUGGAUCGUGUAUGUUGUGACGCUGGCACAACUAACCACGUUCGUCGUCGAAAUCAUCAGAAAUUCUAUUACCACUGGAUCACCUAUCAUGACCAGGCCGCAGUUCAACCCCAUGAUUGGACCUUCCCCGUACGUCCUGAUCAAUAUGGGAGCCCGCUUUGUACCCUGUAUGCGGCGAGACGAGGACAUUCAAGAGGCCAACCCACCGAUUACAACCUGGCAUUGUCCUAAUUCUACUAGCAAUAACGCUGAUGACCCUCACAACACCUGUGACCUGAGCGCUUUGUGUGGCUUUGGAGGACUGGACAAUCAAGAACCUAACCAAUGGUUCCGCUUUAUCGUUCCUAUAUUCCUGCACGCAGGGCUCAUCCAUAUUGCCUUCAACAUGCUGCUGCAGCUCACUCUUGGUCGAGAGAUUGAGAAGCUGAUUGGUAGCAUCCGCUUUGCCAUUGUAUACUUCUCAUCUGGUAUUUUUGGGUUCGUGUUGGGCGCCAACUUUGCUGGUAAAGCCGUCGCUUCCACGGGCGCAUCAGGUUGUCUUUUUGGAAUACUCGCUCUGAAUCUGUUGGACCUAAUUUACCACUGGAACGAACGCCCACAGCCAAUCCGAGAGUUGAUGUGGCUCUUAGCCGAGAUCAUCUUUUCGUUUCUUCUAGGACUACUGCCUGGCCUGGACAACUUCUCCCAUAUCGGCGGCUUCUGUAUGGGCAUCGCGCUAGGCAUCUGCAUCUUGCACUCGCCGGCUCCCCUCCGCCAGCGACUCGGAGAAUCAGUCAUGCCGUACCGCAACGUCGGUUCAGACCCAGACAUCUCGGCUAUGAAGCCAGCUGCACGAGUCGCCCGACGCGAGAAGAUGGCCGAUUACACAGCUUUCCGUAAAGCACCUCUCGGCUUCUUCAAAGGCCGUAAGCCCCUUUGGUGGGGAUGGUGGCUCCUGCGAGCUGGUGCUCUGAUUGGUGUUCUUGUCGGGUUCAUCGUCUUGCUCAACAACUUCUACAAAUAUCACGACACUUGCUCCUGGUGCAAAUAUUUGUCAUGCUUGCCUGUCAGCGACUGGUGCGAACUCGACAACCUUCGGGUCACCCAGACCCAGCAAUCAUCGAAUACCAAACGCAACCUGGCGCUGGCGGGUGCCUCGGUCAUUCUUGGCAUGGCGCCUUGA